AUGUUUUUUAGCAAAAUCCUUGUCGUAAGUCGACUGAAUGGUGCCCUUGAAUUUCUCGAACUUGGAGAUCGACUCUCACAUAACGUUGAUACAGAGAAUGUUGUACUACCAAGCAUGCGCAGGAAGACUCAUUCUAACCCAUCGUCGUGGAAGACUAUCAUUAAUAGUGUGUCACAUGAUCAAUUCCCUUGUCAUUCUCGUCGAGCUCAUAGCAAAACAAUCAGCGUUCUUGCAACUUACAAAGAUCUUGUUGUUUCUGGAAGUUAUGAUAACCUGCUUAAGGUAAUAAGCACAUCUUUAGUUGCCAAAGACCAUUUGCAGAUUACCAGAACCUACAAUUUCUGUUCCCAGGCUCUUUCCUCUUGUGGAGAAGGAAGGACCCUGGUAACAAAGUUGCAUAGGUUUCACUGUGAGUAGAGCUGGUCCCAUUGGUUCAUUUUCAUAAUCGAUAAAACGUUAUUAACAAUCAAUUAAUAUCGAUUAAUCGUAUUGAUUAAUCGAUUUAAAUUUGACAUGCGCCUCCCUUGUUGUCACCCAACAAUUCAGUCGGUAUUUACGUUUGGAAUUAUUGUUUACUCAAGAUUGUAGUUUGCACACUUUCUCGCGCACGCAGCUUUCACACAAGUAGACAACUGACAAGACAAUGACGAGGUUUAGUUUAUGUUGACACUUCUAAAUGGUACUGUAAAGGCCCAGAUUACUCCGGUUAUUGCUGAGUGUAAUCGAUUGUGAAAAAAACCCCAAAAUCAUCAAUUAAAACCCCAAAAUCAUCAAUCGAACAGUCGAUUAAUUGGGAGCUGCUACAAUAUCAUCCUUUCCUCAUUCCUUGUACAGCUUAUCUAAUAAUACCUUCACCUUUAUAGGUAUUUCGACCACAAACUGGCGUUUGUCUUUUCACCUUACGAGGUCACAGCACUCCUGUUACAGCACUCACGACAGAGGUACAGUAAGAUUAUGUAACUUAUUUGAUCGCGCGGGUUGGGAUGGCAAUCAAGGAAAACCCAUGCGUGUCGCUGUCGGAUACGGCAUAUUACCAAUGCGUAUUACUGCCACAAAAAUCAAGGAGUGCUUACAGAAAUGUUUAUGAUUUAGGUUACGUUAACUACUCAGUGCAGAGCACUGAAAAAAUGCGAAGGAUUUAAAGGCACGGUUCAGACUUUUGAACGAUGGUUUCUAAGCCGCAUUUCAGCCUUUUUAAUAGACCUUUAUAAAAAGGUUGACGUCAGCAGGCUUGUGACGUAGUUUGCGGAGAAAAUCCCGAAAGCUCAGACACAGAAUAGAAAGUUAUACCAGAAGCGUAACUCGAGCAAAUAUUUGUCCACGUUUUUACAAGCGAUUCGUCAUCAAUCACGCCAUCCUGGCUAGUACAACCGGCACUUUGUACCUAUCAAAUCCUGAUAAAAACUUCCGGCUGUACUAGCCAGGAUGGCGUGGCCUGACGUGAGCGAGUUAAAAUUUUCGUGGACGUCAAACAAUAAGGGAAACGACUAGAGUUACGCUUCUGGUAUAACUUCCUAUUCUGUGGCUCAGAGUUGUUUACUUUGUUUUGAGUUUUUUAAAAGCGAAAAGAAGCCAGUAUUAUGGUAAGUUUGAAGUAAUUUUUUUCUAUAUAUAGGCCAAAUAAGUUUUCAUAUUCGUUAGAGUUUAAAUUUUAUUUGUUUUUAUAUUAGAUUGUACAUUUAUUUUACUGUCAACAUUUAGCAAAUUGUUCGCUCGGUUUGUUUACAUAUUUCGUUGCUAAAAAGUAUAUUUUUUCUUUUUUGUUUCUUAAAUUCAUCAGUCUAAUCAUCAGAAUUGUACAACCUGGCAAAACCUUUGUAGAAAAUUAAAGCUAGAUUGUAGACCCAGACACGGAAAGUGUUAUACACGAUUGAUAAAAGCUACUUGUCAUGUAUGUUCACUUCAGCUAUACAGUAUGUUGUCCAAUUUUCGGACAGUAAAGUGUUUUCACACUAUAUUUUGCGAUUUAAGAUGGUUAGCAGGUUCAAAUUUGUACAGAUGACGACCACUUCCCAUGGCUACAUUACUCUACGAGAUACAUCGCUAAAAUUCUUUAUUUUUUCUGCAAUAUCGAAAACAAGUACUUCAUUUUCAUCACCACAUUUCGGACAGCUGGUCCGCUAUUCGGACACUUAUAAUAAUAGCCGUUUUUCUCUCGAAGGUAAGCUGUAUUUUGAUAAAUACUGGAAUUUAAGGCUUGAUUAUGUUAUAGAAAUAAAUGUCAUGAUUUUUUGAACCAUAUUCUAGUAUGAAAUUUCAGUCAGGUUACUCGCAACUAAAGCUCACUUUAAGAUAUAUACAAUUCCCGGUGGAUAGAUUCACAUAAUAAUAUCAGAACUCGCAUUGAACUAAAGUCAACAAAAUUAUCGAAAUCGAAAGUUUAUCAAAACAUAAACAACUUGUACACUCUUUAAACAUUUCAAAUAUAUAAUUCUGUUAAAUAUACUCGUGAUUUUAGUCAUAAGAUUGUCAACUCUAAGCCAUCGUCCGAGUAUUGAUAAGCUCCUCAAAAAUUGUUUCUUAAUUUAAAAGUCCGAAACUUCUUAAAUUUUAUGACAGUAGCAAAAAUUAUUGUUGUGGUAAAAUUUUCGGUUUAUAUAACCAUCCCUUCAACUAAAAAAUAAUCAUUCGGCAGUAUAUUUUCACAGAACAUCUCCUGAAGUGUACUUGUCUUAUCGCGCUGUCGUGAACUACGCCAUUUUUAAGAAAAUAUUUUCGACUGACCUUUACUCGAAGUGUUCACGUUUGCACAAAACAACAGCAAAAACGUCGAAAAUAUAGAGCAAAAUUCAGGACAUAUCGGGCAAUCAUCUGAACGUAUUGAUUUUUAUUUUUUUGCUAUUCUUCAUAAAACAAUUUGGCGAUAAAUAUAUUUCGUCCGAAUAGUGGUACUGUCCGAAAAUUGGACAACAUACUGUAUAUCGAUAAAAUAAUAGACUUUAUAGUCUUAGUUUAUAUGUCUAAGUUCUAAGACUUAUGUACCUCUUUGCACGAUCACUGAGCCUGUGUAUUGCUGUCUACAGCUUAAUUGGGGCCAUUCUGAUGAUUAGACUGAUGAAUUCGAGAAACAAAAAUGAAAAAUUAUACUUUUUAGCGACGAAAUAUAUGUAAACAGACCUAGCGAACAAUUUGCUAAAUGUUGACAGUAAAAUAAAUGUACAAUCUAAUAUAAAAACAAAUAAAAUUUAAACUCCGACGAAUAUGAAAACUCAUUUGGCCUAUAUAUAGAAAAAUUCACUUCAAACUUACCAUAAUACUGGCUUCUUUUGGCUUUUAAAAAACUCAAAACAAGUAAACAACCACUGACAACUCUGAGCUUUCGGGAUUUUCUCCGCAAACUACGUCACAAUCCUGCUGACGUCAACCUUUUUAUAAAGGUCUAUUGAAAAAAACUAACUAGGAAAAUCAAUUAAGCAUAAUUCAAGAUCAGCAAACUUAAUGUUUUCAACAUUUUAAAACAUUUUUAUUGUUAAAAACAUCGAGUUUGCUGUUCUUGAAUUAUGUAUAAUUGAUUUUCCUAUAGUUAGGAAUAAUUAAAUGCGCCUUAAAAACCAUCAUUCAAAAGGCUGAACUGUGCCUUUAAGUCGAUGGAAAUUUCGAGCGGAAGAUUAUAUACAAUUUUAGACCUAACCAUGCAGGAGCAGUUGCGAAAAAUACAAGUAUAGGCCCUCUGACUACCUCCUAGUAUAAGAUAUGGGUAAUUAGUAUUUUUACACAAGUGAACAUAACAAAUCCUACAAGUUGAUUGGUCAAAUUUGACGUAUUAAGCUGUUAUAUUCACCUACAGGUGAAUAUAACAAAACAGAAAUUUUCAAAAUGGCGGCUACCCGUUUUGUGGAAGUUGACUGACAAAAAAAAUAAGCGAAAUUAAAAUAAAUUCAGUCUCAAAAAACACAAAAGCUUGUGUAAAAAUAUUAAAACAAUUAUUCACCUACAGGUGAAUAUAAUAUUUAUUGUUUUAGUAUUUUUACACAAGCUUUUGUGUUUUUUGAGACUGAAUUUAUUUUAAUUUCGCUUAUUUCUUUGUCAGUCAACUUCCACAAAACGGGUAGCCGCCAUUUUGAAAAUUUCUGUUUUGUUAUAUUCACAUGUAGGUGAAUAUUGUUAAAUAUCAGUGGUAAAUAUCGAGAUAUUGGGGCGCAUCUUGCUUGAUAUCUUAAUUCUAUCGAGCAAGAUACCCAAAAAUCUCAAUAUUUACAGUACCAAUACCUUUAAAAAUCACGUUUCUAUCAUUACAGCGUGAUGUUGGUGCCAUUAGUGGCUGCGACGAUGGAGAAAUCCGAUUGUGGAGUCUAGUAUCUGGUGAAAGUAAUCGUUUUUCUUCCGUACACUCUGCCUCAAUUGAGGCAAUUGUGUGCACAUACUCCCGCAUAGCAAGCCUGGAUAUUUCAGAAAAGUUGUGUAUCUGGGAUCGCUUUACAAGAAGAUGUCUACAAUGUUUAUCACAGGUUAGUAUGGAUGGCGCAAUGAUAUUAAAAAAAUAUUUAAACACGGUUCAAUAAAUACGGUAAAUUGCGCUGAUUUUAUCCUUCCAGUGGCUAACAUACCGCAUUUCCUCUAUUUAGCACCACCUCUUUUUAGCCUCCCUUCUAAUUAGCCCCCAGUCCAGAAGCGCGAAAUGAAAAUAAGCCCCAUCCUCUAUUUAUUAAACUACGUUGUAUAUAUAUACAGUUCACUGAUGUGACUAAAUUGCUCAAAAUGUUCCUCUAAUGAUGGUUCUGUAACUUUUUUUUUACAAGUACGUGAAAGGUUAUUUAACUCCCAGCUUCUAUCCCCCCUGCCCCUUUCUAUUAAUAAUUCCCCACCCCAGAACCACUGGGAAACAUCCACUGGAAACAUCGAGCCCCAAGGGGACUAAAUAGAGGAAAUACGGUAUUUCCUCCUUUGUUGAGUACUGCAUACGUACCAGAGUCGCCGCUGCUCUUUCACUCAGACAUUUCUAUUCUAAUCUAUAGACUAUAUAGUAUAUACCAUAAUUUCCCCUGUAUAUGCACAUGUAGAUUAACAGUAAAAAAUAUCAAAUACUUCAAGUAUAAAACAUUUCCCUUAGUUUCGUGGCGGUUGUCUUGGUCUUACAUCAAUGUUAAACAAUACAGCCGUGUGUGUGGGGAGGGUAAGUCUUCUUUUUAACUUUUAAAUUGAUGAAAUCGCAUUUUAAGUACCUGUAUGUCGGCCUUUUAUAGCGACGAUUAUUGAACAAACAUCUUGG